GGAGCGGAGCGAGUAGUGCAAGAGCUGUAUCUGAAAUACGAGAGCAUGGCUGCCUUACAAAGCAAAAUUUUUCCGAUCUGCAAUUUGUGUCGAGGGAGGGUGCAAAUUACACUUCGGGCAUGUGCUAGACGGAAUUACAUUGUUGCCCAUGAAUCUCAAGUUGAUAAUUCUUCCGAGUUCCUCAACAGCACUCCUCACAGGAGACACCCUGGUAUUACAUCUCUGAAGACUGUGCAGCUUCCUCAGCCCUUAGAACAGGCUGCACAAGUACUCAUACACCAAGCGCCAGGCAGUCAGCUUGCGGAGCGCGCUCAGAGCUUGUGUAACUUCCUGUGGAGCAGGAAGCGGGCAGUGGGGGACCGGGCAAUACAGGAGCGAGCCGUGGAGCUGGAGAAGAGGAUUCGAGAGAGGGAACAGCAGAGAGCAGAGGGCCCAUUAGAACAGUCCAGACUGGAGGAGAAGGUUCGAAAGCAGGUUCUGUCAGAACUGAGAAAGACCACAUACCAUUGGAAACCCUUGAGAUAUAACGAGGAGCUGAGCUUGAUCUACCUGGCUGCCAGACUGGAUGGAGGCUAUGCAGCUGUGUCAAGAGCAUUGCACGAGAUUAAGAAGCGUGUUCCAGAUUUUGCACCUCAAACCUUACUGGAUUUUGGAUCAGGCACUGGGACAGUAGCUUGGGCAGCUCAUACCAUGUGGGGUCAGAGUUUACGAGAGUAUGUGUGCGUGGACAGCUCAGCAUCAAUGAACAAGCUAGCAGACCUGCUUCUGAGAGGAGGCAGUGAGACCGAAGACCCACAUAUUCGAGGAGUUUAUUUCAGACAGUUUCUCCCAGUAUCACCGAAGGUGCAGUUUGAUCUGGUCGUAUCUGCCUUCUCCUUGUCUGAGCUCCCCAGUGCCAGUGAGAGGCUCAGUUCCAUUCAAACUCUGUGGAGAAAAACCAGCGACUUCCUGGUGCUGAUCGAGAAUGGUACGAAGGAGGGCCAUAGCAUCUUAAUGGAAGCCAGGGAUAUUAUUCUGAAGGGGGAAGACAAGGUGACCCAUGAUCCCAGAAGAGGCUCCGUUUUUGCACCAUGCCCCCAUGAUGCCCCUUGCCCUAAGCUGUCUGAGAAGAUUCAGCUGCCCUGUAACUUCCCACAAGCGUACCGGCCUUUGCAGCUGCGCUGGAACACAGACCGGUCUUUUGAGAAGUUCUCUUUUGUGAUCCUGCAAAGGGGGUCUGGAGAUGAAACGAAACAGUGGCACAGAAUUGUGCAACCGGUAUUGCGACGAGUCAAACACGUGCACUGUCACCUGUGCUGCGCCGACGGAACACUGCAGCAUGUAGUCGUGACUACGAGCAAGCAUACCAGGGAUCUAUACCGGUGUGCUCGGAACAGUGAGUGGGGAGAUCGGCUACCAGUGAGAAACAUAAAGGCUGAAGCAGAUUCUGAACUCAACCAACCGCUACAGACUGAAGAACAACUGCAAGAUUCAACUGAAAAGGGAUUUUGAAAUACAGCAGACACUUGUAGUUCUGGUCUUUGUCCUCCAGGGGGCAGUAGGCCAUGUGCGCUGUGGUGCUCUUGGGUGUAGAGCCGAUUGGCUUGGGGAUAGGAGGAUGAUCUGACCUUCAGUUCUGAGCUGUGUGGGGAGGGCAA